CAAGUAAGACUUGAGAACGACCUCCCCGGAAUGCAAUCUCUCAUUGUCUAUUCAACUUGAUGUGAUUGCAAGGAAGGAAUCAAGAAUUUUGCAUAUCAAGAACUGAUCAAUUUGUCAGCCAAAAUAUGACGCACCCACAUAGUGCUCGUGGUACGCCCGAGGCCGGAGUGCGGAAGAGAAUCCGCAAAGGGACGCAUAGCUGCAUUGAAUGUCGGCGGCGAAAGACAAAAUGUGUGUUUCGACCAGAUAAUCCGUCCGUGUGUGUUGAAUGCUUUGGCCGUGGAGCACCCUGUAUCGAUCAGACCCACGCUGAACUGGGGGAUGCUCUAUCUGAUAACAGGCCAAAUCUCCGUGAGCGAGUAGCAAGGCUGGAAUCGCUUCUGGAAGGGGUCCUGUCCGGACAGACGACUGCAAGUUCUCGCGUAAACGAGAAUGAAAGAGGUGCUGCGGAGGCGUUGAGCAAUCUCCGCUCAGAGAUUUCCUUUUCUUCGACGCCAGUAUCGAGCCCUGACUCCAGUGCUACGGACAAGUACUACCCGAGAGAUGCUCCGUUGAUAUCCAUUUUUGACAAUGCAGUGUUGAAACGAAAAGAAAUCGGAUCAGAAAGUUCAAAGACUGGAAAGCAUGAAGCAGAUUACUCGAGUUCAGGGGAGCAAAAGCAUGGAGCACGGGCUGAAAAGGAUAGGGGAGUCCGCGCACAACUACUAUCGAUCUUACCUGAUUCUUCGAGCCUCCAAAGGCUCAUCGAUCUCACGGGCGUCUGGUACAAUACGUUUUUCCGCAUGUUCCUCGAGCUUGAUGCAGACAGCUCACAGCAAAAUCUUCAGCAGUACCUUGCCUGGGCAUUAGGUCAUGAUGAUCCUUGUAUCGUUGCCAAGGGGGUUCUUUGUGUCGCCGUUUCUGUUCAGCUGUCGAAGCCAGGGAAGGAGGAGGAAUCGCUAAAUCUCCCCCUGCCAGCCGAAAAGCUAAUGCUCCACUACCUCAAUGUGGUGGAGAGAGCUAUUGUGGCAGACGAUGACUACAUGACGACAUUAGCGGGCAUUCAAGUUACUGCCCUUUUGGCCAAAUGCUACGUUGAUAUCGCCCAGCCUCGAAAGACAUGGCUGCUAGCUCAUCGAGGCAUAUCUUAUGCGCAGAUGCUGGGAUAUCACAAGGAACACCACAAUUCAACUCGAAAGGAAUCUCACCGGGAGUCCCGGAUGCGGCGCAGUGUGUGGUACACACUCUAUGAGAUAGACCGCUACAUGAGUGUUUUCCUCGGGCUACCCUAUGCCAUUGUCGAUAGUCAUCAAGCUGCAUCAUUGGAAAAUGAUGAUAUUCCCAACUGCAGUCCUCAGGCUACAUUAUGUCGGCGCCAGCUGUGCACCAUUACCGGCCGAGUUGUCGACCGAAACCAAUCGUCAACUGGGCCUUCGCUCGCGCUGACCCUCCAAAUCGACCAGGACCUUGAACAAUUAAGAGAGACGGUUGGUUCGUCAUGGUGGGAGACAGCCGAGGAACGCAAUAGCGGAAAGAUUGGCGAUGAGGAAGCAUACGAGCGGAUGAUGCUGCAGUUUGCGUUCCACCAAACACGGGCCUUUGUCCAUCUGCCUUUUAUGCUUCGAUCUGGUACCGACCGCCGCUUCGACUACUGCCGGCUGGCAUGUUUUGACGCCUCGCGAGAGCUAGUAAAGCUCUACCGUGCUAUGCGUCAGGGCGCAGGUGCCGCAUUCCAUCUCUGCAAAGUUCUCGACUUUCAAGUGUUUACGGGCGCCAUGCUGCUCAUUCUUGGGCUGUUUGGGUACGGCAAGACAUCGACCGGACGAGACCUGGCCCAAGAGGAACAGGAUUGGCAAUUAAUCGAAAUGACAAUGGAGAACCUCCGGGUUACCUCCCAAGAGCGAGGAGGCGGGGUCGCUGCCCAGUCAUUACGGGUGCUCGAAACACUGAGUUCUGUCCGUUACGAGCGUUGUCCUUAUGACAACGGCGAUCACCCUUCCCAACAGCCAAUGUCGCAAGAACCUGCAAGAAAAUUUGUCGUGCCAUAUUUUGGCACCAUCUACAUUUCCCCUGGGAAACAAUUCUCCGCGCCAGAGCCACCUACGCCGCAGAAGGCUCUUUCGCAUAUCAACCUUUCGACAUCUCUCCCGCCAACCCCAGACUCCAUGAGCAGUAGCGCUUGUUGUGGCGGCGCCGCCGGCGGUAGCAGUAGUAGCGGUGUGACUACUGGAACUCCAUCUUCCCUGUCCUCGCCCUCCACGGCGUCAGUGCCAAAACACAACCACGCUUCGCAAUUGCCGUUUACUCCUCAUCAACACGCUCAGCAUCACCACCAGCACCACCAACAAUCUUCUCAUCUGACGCACGACAUGCCACCGCCACCAUCACCUCUACAACAUACUGUCCUGGUCAGUGGGCCUGAGCCUACCGCAAAUUUUACCGGUCCAUUCGGUCCCGGCGCCACACAGAUACUUUCCCCGUCCAGUGGAGAUUCUGGAGACCAAUCAACGAUUCCAAUGUCAUCGAACCCCACGACCGCUGCAACAACAUUACAACAACCCUCCUUUGAUAACAAUAAUAGUCCCACGUAUAAUUUCAACUUUGAACUCCCGCAUAUCGAUAUCGACUGGCAGAGUAUGGUCGAUAUGGACCUCGUUCAGGAUUGGAACUGGCCUAUCAAUUUGAAUCAGAUAUGAUGACGACGGUCACGACGGUGUUUGUUUCGCCUCCAUUCUGAUUUAUUCUCGUCGUUGGCUUUCUGUUAUUCUUCUCUUUUCUCUAGCGGUGGGUUUAUAUACAUGGGCUUUGACACGGGUGUCACAAAGGAGCGGCCCUAAUAACGUGUGGUAUUGGUAUAUUGGUGCCUCAGCAUACGGCGUUUUCUCUCUCUGGCUAGAUGCCUGCCUUUCUUUUUAUUUACCAAUAGUUUUAAUUUCUUUAUUCCUCACCCCGAAUUCAAAAACUAUUCUCUUCUAAUAUUUCCCUUUACCUAUCGCACGACUAUAGUAUUGAUGCGCAAAAUUAGCCACAAAGCGCAGGUUGCAGCGUUAGUUAAAUAGCAAAGGUAUUUUCUUUUACUUUCUCAAAUGUACAAGUCCUCU